CAUGGCCUCCCUGUAUACACUAAUCCUAGCAGCUAUAGUUUUUGACACCGGAUUCUCUCAUGUUUUUGAAUUCGGAGAUAAUAUGGAGUUGGUGUGGCCACCUGAGUACCACUUCAAAGGCGAAAGGACUGGUCUUACAACUGGACUCAUAGAACCUUUUGAAAUAUGGUACAGUUCAGAACACAAUAAAUCCCGAAUUGAUUAUUACGAUGGAACUGUAACUCAAUACUACAUCGGGAGUAAUGUAGACGAAGAUGGAUACGAAUAUAAGUCUUUUCCUGUAUGGACGGAAGAAGAGCAAAACUAUAGGCUUUGCUUCCGGAUGCCUUUAGAGGAGGAAGUUACUAAUUUCCUACCAUCUGAUAACUUCACGUAUGAAGGUGAUACUACAUUUGACGGGAAAGACGUGGAAAUAUGGAAAAACUCAGAAAUAGACGAAUAUGGUCGACGAAUCGACGAUGUUCUUUAUGUAUAUCGUGAAGGCAAUUAUCAUCUGCCUUUGAGGUACGAAAGAAAGAAGCGUAUUAUCGCAACUGGCGCUUUGACCAAACAUUUUGUGUCCAUAUUUCACGACUAUAGCGCUCCAGAUGUGUCCAAAUUGGACGUGGAAAAAGACAAAGACUGCGAAGACGCGAAGGAAGCAGUAAUUGACUUCCAUAAAAAGCUGGAAUUAUUACAUCCUGACAUUUCCUCGCAUGUGGAUGAAGCUUUCGAUAGUUUUAUGAAACAUCACAACAAAAAUUACAAAGUCAGCGAACAUGAAUUGAGAAAAAUGAUAUUCAGAGAUAAUUGGAGAAAAGUCCGAGAACACAAUAAAAAGAAAUUGAGCUACAGAAUGGGCAUCAAUGAAUUCUCUGACAAAACUCCCGAAGAACUGGGAUAUUUAACAGCUACGAGGUUUAACAAUCACAUCCAGGGUACAGAGACCUUCCAGUAUACUGAAGCGGAACUUGAAGAUAUGGUCAAGGAUCUGCCAGAAAACUUUGAUCUCAGAAUCGAGGGAUAUAUUAGUAAAAUUAAAAAUCAAGAUUCAUGCGGUUCCUGCUGGGCAUUUUGCACCACUGCAGCCGUGGAAGGUGCUCUUACUCGGAACAAUGGAGGCCGACGAUUGGACCUCAGUGAGCAAUCGCUGGUGGACUGUGCUUGGGAAUAUAACAGUAUGGGCUGUGAUGGCGGAGAUUUGGAGGGUGCUUUCAAAUACGUGUUGAAGCAUGGCAUUCCCACUGAACAAGAAUAUGAUCUUUAUAUGGCUGAGGACGGCUACUGCCACAUAGAGAACGUGACAGACACAUACACAAUACGCGGCUUCGGUCUAGUUCCCCCAAACAGCGUGAACGCCAUGAAGUACGCGCUGUACAAGUACGGGCCACUCAGCGUGGGCGUACACGCUGGGGACAACAUGAUGAUGUACUCUAAUGGGAUCUUUUAUGAACCUGAUUGCAACAACCGACCACAGAACCACGGCGUGGUUGCCGUGGGCUACGGAGUCAGGGAUGGCGACCUUUACUGGAUUAUCAAGAACUCCUGGGGGGAGCAGUGGGGAGAAGACGGGUACAUGCUAAUAUCAGCUACGAACAAUAACUGCCAUGUGAUGGCAAAUGCGAUAUAUCCUGUUGUUUAGAUGUAGUUUUAAGUUUUAGCGUAAAUAAACACGUGCAAUCGA